UCGUCAAAUUUACGUUCCUCAGGCUUGUUACAGAUCAUGACUUCGUUGGUGGAUAAUUGUACUAUUAUGCCGCGAAAUUAAAUAAUUUGUAGUCAUUAAUAUAAUAAUUAUUCCCAAAAAGAUUACGAUAUGCAGUGCGUUAGCGAUACGAUUCAAGAAAAUAUUGGUUUCCAGUCACAAUUUAACUGUAAAAUUGGUGAAUGUUUAACAAAAAUUGUUGUUCAUCGUUUCACAAACAAAUGUAUGGUGCUGAUCACACAAUACAGCGGUUUACCCAACUUGUACUUAAUUCAAUUCGAUGCAAAGGAUGAGCAUGAAAAACGCAUUGCACCAUUGAACAUAACCGAAUUUCACACAUCAGUGCCAGUGACUAUGAAAUGUUUAUUGGGUGUUGACCAAGCGGAAGCUCGAGCCGGCAUACAGUUUUUGAUCAACAGAACCAAGCUGAGCAAAUGCCCUACUGACAUCUUAAUUGCUUUGGGAUUACGUAAAGUAGAUGGACAGGUUCUUAAUCAGAUAGCCGAUAUUCUCGACAAAAAUCUAUAUUAAAGGUCUUUUAGUAGUUUUAAUUACCCCAUACUUACAUGUAUAGAUUUUGUGGUUACAUUGUAAAUUUGUUACAUGGAAUUUAUAUAUUUUAAUUAUUAAAAUACGUAUUUUUAAUUCACUUAA